CGGCCGUUGGACCCAUAAGCGCGCACGCACGUUACGUCCGCACUGUACACGCGCGGAAACGCGUCUCGGUUCCGUUGUGCGACCUUACCUUCAUAGGAUUGAUCUUUGUACGCCGCACGACUAGCAUUGAUCGCUCAUAUGCGAUCGUGGAAGUAUAUGUAGCUAUCUGCACGCACAGGUGUUUUUCAUUUCGAUUCCGCGUGAAAAGGAAAAACCGCGUGAGUAAUCGGUGCACGGAGUGACGACAACCUCCCUCCGAGUCUCCGCGACCCUUCGCUCGUCAGAAGGGGAUCCCCUCGCGAUCGGUAUCCAUCACCAGUGGCCGCCGCAAUAGGUCGACGUUGCGUCUGCCAGGUGCGAGGGAAGUGCGCGAGAGUCAAGCGAGCGAGUCUCCGAUGAUCCAUUUGAUGCAUAGCUGUCGGGUUUGAUGCAGCACCAUUAAAUCACGAUAGAGAUCGGUAACUUCGAGUGGCUUCGAAGUAGCCAAGAAAGCAGGAGUGGUGAAGUGCGAAGUGUUCGGCCAAGUUUCUGAUCGACAAUCGAAUCCGGCGAAGCGUGAGCAGAAGAAAUGGCAUCGGCAGCAGCGGAAUUAGUAGCGGAAAGGGAGCCGGAACUCAGGCUCGAAAUGACGGACACAAACAGGACUUUCGUAGGCGCUCAAGGUCUGGUCAAAAUGGCCUUAGAUCAAUACACGGAGAUUCUCACGACGGUCUCGGACCCACGUGUCAAUGACUGGCCGCUGAUGGAUUCGCCUAUACCGACAUUUCUCAUCGUGCUCCUUUAUAUAUAUGGCGUUGUCAUAUUCGGCCCGCGUAUGAUGGCCAACAGAAAGCCAUACAAACUCAGGAGUGUCCUGAUAGUGUACAACGCGUUUCAAGUUGUCUUCUCGCUAGGGAUGUUGUACGAGCACUUGAUGUCCGGAUGGUUACUUGACUACAGUUACAAGUGUCAACCGGUUGACUAUUCCCACAAUCCGUCCGCUCUGAGAAUGGCGAACCUCUGUUGGUGGUACUUCAUCAGCAAAUUUACGGAAUUUGCUGACACGAUAUUCUUCGUAUUGCGCAAGAAAGACAGCCAAGUGACAUUCCUGCAUUUGUAUCAUCAUUCUCUCACACCUCUGGAGACGUGGAUAUGUGUGAAAUUUAUCGCAGGCGGUCAUGGUACUUUGGGCAAUCUUCUAAACAACGCGGUGCAUGUGAUCAUGUACGCGUACUAUAUGUUAGCAGCCAUGGGCCCGGAAUAUCAAAAGUACUUAUGGUGGAAGAAGCACUUGACCACAAUACAAUUGGUGCAGUUCGUCGUGGUAUUCGUGCACAGUAUCCAGGCCCUCAUAUUUGACUGCGGUUAUCCGAAACUGGUUGCGGGUCUUCUUUUACUUCACUCAUCAAUCUUCAUCGUGCUCUUCUCUGACUUUUAUAGGACUGCUUAUCGUAAAGGAAAGUCUGCGAAGGAACUUAAGGCUGAAUAGAAUACAUGAAGGAAUAAUGGAAGGGAAAACAAAUAUUUGUUUCCAUGUUGAACGAAAAUACGCACAUAUAUACGCACAUGUCACAAAUUCGUUCAAAUGUAGCUCCCUUCUACACCGGUGAAUCGUAUUUAAAAUAAUAUGCAGUUGCAAAAGGGAAUUCUAAAUAUGGGAAAUGAGGAAAAUAUAAUUCUUAUUGCACUCUAAAAAUAAUACAAUUAUCAAAAGUAAAGAGAAAGAUGUUAUGAUGAGACAAGUUAAAAGUGCAUUCAUUUGUUAAGUGCCAUCAUUUUUACGCCAAUACACUUUCAUAUUUAUAAAAUUUUUUCUCGUUUAUAUAAAAUAAUUUUAUAUAUAAUUAAAAAACUAUUUUUUAUAAUUAUUAUAAUUUUUAAAAAAAUUUAGUGAUGGCAAGAGAAACUGACAAAUGAAUAAGACGAGUCAGUCGGCCAAUAGGUUAAUGCUAUCAGACUCUCGUAUCUUUUCAUAUCCGUUUGGAAAAACGACAUACAAUGAGAAAUCUAGGAUGACACAGGAAAGAGUGUGCAUUAGAAAAUCCCUUUUUAUCCAUUGAUGCGACUGUUUCGGUCACAUCAACGGAUGCACAAAAAUAAACCGUAUUAGCUUCCGACACAACUUUCUGGUAAGGAAUCGAUCGAGGUCAAACGUUUCACUGGUUGCGGAGCAGUAGAUAUUGCUUCCGUAAGGAAGAGGAUUCUUAUUCGUUAUACCUCUCGUGUGUCUUCCACAGGACAUCUCAGGUCUCGCGCACACUUUGGACCGGCACUUCUGAAAUAUUGAUUUCAAAAAUAUAUCUUUAUUAUCUUUUAAUCAGUCUCUAAUAUUACUUAUUUUUAUAUUAUAUACUUAUUUUUAUUAUUAUUUGAGAGUUUAAAAACGUUCUAUGUUGCGUAAUAAGUUUAAAUAAAUCUACAUAAAAUAAAGUCUAUAAAGUUUAAAAAUUGAAAGUUUAACAAAACGCGAAGAGAACAACACUGAAAAAACGAAACAAUAAUAAAACGGACAUGUGAAAUUAUAUUGAUUACAUUACAAAAUUAUAUUGAUUAGUCAUAAUUCAAGGAUACGCUUUGCCAUAUUAGAAUUAUGUCUUGAAAAUUACUAUUAAAUUAUGCUUAAUGUGGUCGUAUUUUAGAAGCUCGGAAUGAUCGUGUAUCGAGCAUACCGAUCGGUCCUCAGUGUGUAUUAUAAUUUUUAUCACUUCAUAAAAAUUAUUAUCACCAAUUGCAUGUAAGUAGAAUUACUGUAAAUAUAAAAGUAGCUGUAGACACGCGCGCUUGGAAACUUGUUGUUCGCAGCAAAAUGAUGGCAAAAUAAUUGAUUUUCAUGGAUCUAUUAAGAAUAUUAUUCACACGAGUUAUAAAAUGCGCAUUUGUAAUUACAUUUAUUAUCACGAGCGCUUUUGACUCGUGUUUUUUUCUUCAUCAAUUUUUUUGUGUUGCAAAAUCUUUUACAUAACUUGAAUCUCUUAUAUGUCGAUUCUUUAUGCGCACUCAAUGUAAUAGCAUCGUAUUGUAUCGAUUUGAAUGAGAAAAAUUCUUAUCAAAGGUUUCCGUAGCGUAAAAGCAUGAUACCAAUCUAUCUAUUAUUAUGGGGGUAUUUUAUGAAUAUUCAAGCUCAAUGUGUCUCUGACGUUAAUGUCAGAAAUAAUAAUUAUCCAGAUAUAUAUUUAUUUAUAAAGAAUAAAAUAACAUAUAAUCGUAUGACUCAGAAAGCAAUCAACACAAGAUAUUAAAUUAAAAAUUUAACUACUGUUUUAUACAAUAUAAAUUUUAUAGAUAAUUAUGAAGCCGAUUAAUACUAUGUAUAUAAAUCAAAGAAAGAAUAGAAUAAAUAGAAUUUAAUAAAUUUAUAUAUUUGUAUUAUGUUCGAAAUGUAAAACUGAGACACGCUGUCACAAGAUUUCGUGUCGUAUGAAAAAAAAGAGGCGAUUAAAAAACGCUGUAUGCUUGCCGAUGCUAAGAAGACUCUCGAACAAACCGCAAUGCGGGUUUACAGAUUAGUCAACAGAGAAGUCAACAUGUAAAAUAAUUAAUAUCUGAAUGAGAAUUUAUGUAUCAACAACGCACUUGUAAUAAUUCCAUUUGCAUCAAUUUCAUCCAAAAAAUCCAAUAGUUACAACGAACUCAUAGUAAAGAACAGAGCUUAUAGCUUAUCGAAAUAAUCUACAUAUACACAUAGAAAGAAAAUCUAAUUUAUUACACUUUUUUACACUACUCGAUUCGUCCUGUCAAGCUCACCAUUCCGUAAGGCACAGAGAGAGGAAAAGGUACAAUAUAGAAGUAUAUUUAUUAUUUUAUGUAAUAUAAAAAGGAAAACCCGCGAGAUUUUACGCUACGUAAUAUAUUUCACUUCUAUCAUUAUUAUCCUUCCACAAGAUACAUAGCGAGAUGUGAAUACAAAGAUCGGAACCGGCGCGGAUACACACGGUCCGAUGCCGUCGAAGAGGACCCGUGGAGUUGCACGUCCGCAGCGCUUUCUGUAUUUUAUCGAUUGUCUUGAUAAAACUGCGCAGCUAUAAAGGGCGCCGAGAGCGCACAUCCUACGUGCGUGUAGCGAAUGUUCAAGAGUGACGAAUACACUCGAGAGGUUAAAUUGUAAUUAAUGAGAUAAGUUAUUAAGUCUCGAGACGCGAGACGCUAAUUUUACCUCCAAUCUUAGGAUUACUACUCACUUGCGUACAACGUGCUCCGUCUUGUAAAUAUUGUAUCUUUCUCUUUUUUUGUAACAAUAAAAAUAAAUAUAUUACCUACUUAGA